GGGCAGGCAGGCUAGGCCGGGGACCUCUGGGAGAGGAUGGUGACCCCCUGGCGCUUCUCCAUCAGAGUCUGCUUGUCGCACUUAAGGGGUUUUGAGCUCAGAAAAGAACUCGGCCUUUUAAGAUCAUCUGGGUGCUCUCGUAAUGCCAGACUCUGUUGGCUUCUGCUUGGUACUUUACCCAAACUUAUCUCAGCCUAUGGGGACACCGGUGAGGGGGGCACUGAGAGCGUGUGCCAGCGAAGAGCCGGCUGGAGUGACCUAGCUGAAAAAGGGCCACUGGAGAGAGUCCCCCAAGAGGGGCGGCUAGGAUGCCUCUUUCUGCACCUCCGUAUCUGGCUCCGGGCUGGAGCUCUCUUGAUGAAAUUCUUCCCCCUCCUUCUCUUCUACCCCCUCACCUACCUGGCUCCCAGUGUCUCCAGCCUCUGGCUCUACCUGCUUCUGAAAGCCACAGAGACCUCCGGCCCAACGUACAUCAAACUGGGCCAGUGGGCCAGCACCCGGCGCGAUCUCUUCUCAGAGGCUUUCUGUGCCCAGUUCUCUAAGCUGCAUGUCCGUGUGACCCCCCACCCUUGGACUCACACUGAACACUUCCUGCGGCAGGCAUUUGGGGAAGACUGGGGGAGGGUCCUCUGCUUUGAGAAGAAGGAACCUGUGGGUUCAGGCUGUGUGGCCCAAGUGUACAAAGCGCGUGCCAAUCCUGCCUUCCUGGAGAAUGACAGCGUCUGGAGACUUGCUAAGGCCUCCCGCCUGCAGUCGUGUUCAGAAGCUGGGGCAGUUGGGAGGCUGGGAGAGCUCUUUGGACACCCGGGGAAGGGGUGGGGGUAUCAAGGAAGUCUUGCUGACCAGUCAUUUCUAGAAAGGCUGCUCCUCCCUAAAGCUGACCCGGUUGGAUCAAAUGCAGUCCUGUCUCCAUCUUCAGCACCUGCCCACCAACCUGAGCCAGAUCACCUCAUCCCGGUGGCAGUGAAAGUGCUGCACCCCGGCUUGCUGUCUCAGGUGCAGAUGGACCUCCUGCUGAUGAAGAUGGGCAGCCGGGUCCUUGCGCUUUUGCCGGGAAUCAAGUGGCUUAGCUUGCCUGAGAUCGUGGAGGAAUUUGAGAAGCUCAUGGUCCAUCAGAUUGACCUGCGUUAUGAAGCUCGGAAUCUAGAACACUUCCAGUGCAACUUCCUGAAUGUGAAUUCUGUCAAAUUCCCCACCCCUCUGCGUCCCUUUGUCACCAGGGAUGUCUUGGUGGAGACUUACGAAGAGAGUGUGCCUGUGUCCAGUUACCAGCAGGCGGGGAUUCCCACUGACUUGAAGAAGAAGAUUGCGCGGCUGGGAAUCAACAUGCUCCUGAAGAUGAUAUUUGAGGACAACUUCGUCCAUGCAGACCUCCACCCUGGGAACAUCCUGGUGCAGGGGGCCGACGGGCUUUCCAAGAGUCAGGAGGCACAGCUGCAGCAGAUGGAUGUCUGUGACACGCUGGUGGUGGCCGUGACGCCCGCCCGCUGCCCGCUGCGCCUGGUGCUGCUGGAUGCCGGCAUCGUGGCGGAGCUGCAGGCCACUGACCUGAGCAACUUCCGGGCCGUUUUCAUGGCUGUGGCCAUGGGGCAGGGCCAGAGAGUGGCCGAGCUCAUCCUGCAUCAUGCCCGGGCCAGCGAGUGCAGGGACGUGGAGGGGUUCAAGGCUGAGAUGGGCACACUGGUGACCCAGGCCAGGAAGAACACCAUCACCCUGGAAAAGCUUCAAGUUUCCAGCCUUCUGUCGAAUGUCUUUAAGUUACUGAUGACUCACAAGGUUGGAAAAUGUCACAGAAUCCUAUGGACCCGCGGCUUCCUAAUGUUUCUGAUUAUGUACCCUACUGGUAAAUAUUUAUAUUUACAUAUAUAUGUGCACAUGUAUCACUUAUUCGAAGGUCUUACACAGCUGCUGCCCCCACUAGCAGAUCUCUGGAGGCACCGUAUGUACUUGGGGCAAAUUUUGCAGUACUUCAAAUUAUCUUCCUGAUCAUGUUUACUAUUUUUUGAUGACCUCCUGCUCAAUUUUAUUGCAAGGGAAGAUGAUUAAUGUGGCUGACAUACUCGGACAGGAGCAGAAUCAGCUCAGCUAUUUUCUUCAAGUUCCCCUGUGCGCACGUUAGCGUUCAGACUGCAGUUUCUCGGAGUAAUGUUCACCCCUUUUCUAUUUGUCUGGAGUCAAUUUGGGCUAAUAUUAACAUAGAGAUGAUAGAAUCAGGACAUCCCCUUAACCAGGGCUUGAAAUCUGCAGUGGCACCCCAGUGACACCCCAGCAAUGAAUUAAGGC